AUGGUGUCGCCACCGUCGCCGCUUGCCGAGGAGGGGGCGCCGCUGCUGCUCUACACCAGCUCGCCCGUCCACGUGGACACACCCAGUCUGUCCCUGUCCCGUGUGACCGCCGACGCUGACCGACCAGCCCCGGGUGAUGACGCCGUCCCCCUGCCCCCGCUCACCCCUCCCGAGGCCCCCGUCCGCGGCUCGGCCUCUGACCCCGGCCCCGGCUCGCCCCGCUCGAGCCUGUCGAGCCCGCUGGCCGACCGCCCGGCCCGGCCCGACCCUCCUGGUGACCCCGUGUCGCCCCCUGCUAACCGGGACCGUCCCAGCCCCCUCCAGCGACUCGCCCGGCGAUUCAUGGCGGCGAUCGGCCGUGGCGGCCGGCGGCCGGCGGCCCCGGCCCGGCGGGACCCCUCCCUGCCCCGUCCAGACUCACCCCUCCUGCCCCCGUUCCCGCCCUCCCUGGAGGCUUGUCGGCGGUCGGAGAGUGGGAGUGAGCUGGACAUCACCCUGGAGACCCCGCCGCGGGCCCCCUCCCCCUCUGACUGGACCCUGCUGGAGGACCUGGCCGUCUCCUCUGACUCCGAGGCGGCCGUGACGGAGGACAGCCUGCCGCUGUCGCUGCGGCUGGCCGGCACCGACUCCCCUCCCCUCCCGGUGCCCGCUGACGCUCCGUCCCCCGACAGAGCCCCGACGCCGCCGCUGGAUCCGGCUCCGUCCUCCCCACUCUCCCCAGCUGACUGCCCGCCGCCCGACAGAGCCGAGACGCCGCCGCCGGACGCUGCUCCGCGCUCUGUCCCUGCUCCGGCCUCUGCCUCGACCCGGUGGACGGUGACCCCCGCCGUGGCCCGCCUCCUACCGGCGCCGGCCGUGGUGCUCGCGGCAGAGGUGGCCGUGGUGGUCGCCCACCCGCUGACCAGCCUCGUGUCACGCCCCGUGUCCCGCCUGACCCGCCCCGCGGCUCGCCCGGCGCUACUGCGCGCGUGCCGCCUGGUCACCCGCCUCGCGCCCCACCCGGUGACCCCGCCGGCGCUGUGGCCGGUGGACCGCCCCGUGCUCCGCCCCGUGACCCGCCCGGUGACCCGCCCGGUGACCCGCCCACUGACCGUGACCCCGCCCCUGACCGACCUGCCGGCGGUGCCCGUGGUGGCGGCCGCGGUCGUGGUCGUGGCCGUGGUGCCUCCCGCGGUCGUGGCCGAGGUGGUGCCUCCCGUGGCCGGGGUGGUGCUGCUGGUGCCCCCGCUGGUGACCCCGCUGGUGACCCUGACGGUGGUGCCGGUGGCGGUGGCCGUGCAGGGCCCGGAGCCGACCGAGCUGCAGCAGGAAUUCCUGCCCAUACUGACCGCCUUGCAGGAGACCCACACCCCGUGGGAGGAUGUGGAGCGCCAGCUCACCCGGCUGUGCGCCGAGGCGGCCCGGCGUAACGCCGACUACCAUGAGCGGGAGAAGGCGGUGCGGCAGGUGCUACGGGAGGAGACGCCCCCGUGCCCCGUGCCCGGCGAGCAGCUGGCGGCCCACUUCGCCCCUCCUCCCUGCCCCCCUGUGGAGUGGGACCGGCGGCCGCAGGAGGUCCCUGACCUGACCCCCGCCGCCCCCUCCCCGGCUCUGACCGCCCCGUUCCGAGCCGACGAGGUGUGGGGCCGUCUCCGGCGGGCGGCCAACACCGCCCCCGGCCCUGACGGGCUGCGCUACGCCGCCUGGCGCGCCCUCGACCCCGGCGCCCUGCUGCUGACCCGGGCGUUCGAGCUCUGCCGGCUGGCGCGCCGCGUCCCGCCCACCUGGCUGGUGUCAGAGACGGCCCUCCUCCACAAGGGGGGUGACCCGACCCGGCCCGACAGCUGGCGGCCGAUCGCCCUCGGCGCCACGGUCGCCAAGCUGUACGCUGGUGUGUGGGCCGACCGUCUGUCCGGGUGGGUGGAGGCCGCUGACCUCCUCUCCACAGGCCAGAAGGGUUUCCGGCCAUUCGACGGCGUGCUGGAGCACAACUUUGUGCUCCAGAGCGCCAUCAACAGCGCCCGGGAGGACGGGACAGAGACCCACGUGGCCUUCAUUGACCUGACCAAUGCUUUCGGCUCGGUCCCCCACAGCCUCCUUUGGCAGGUCUUGCAGCGGGUCGGUGUGCCGGAGGAGGUCGUGGCGGUGGUACAGGGCCUGUACCAGGGCAGCGCCACCCGGUACCGCGCCGGGGACGGCCUGACCGCGCCGGUGGCGUGCCAGCGUGGCGUGCGGCAGGGGUGCCCCCUCAGCGGCCUCCUCUUCUCCCUCGCCCUGGAGCCGCUGCUGCGGGCCCUCGCCGCCGCGCAGGUGCGCUGCCUGGCCUACGCCGAUGACCUGGCUCUGAUUUUCAGCCGGCGCAGCGAGGUGCAGGACGGCCUGGCGCUGCUGGAGCGCGUGUGCGCCUGGGCCGGGCUGACCCCCAACCCGGGGAAGUCGGCCCUGCUCUCCGUCGGCGCCCCCUCCCCGCCCGCCACCCUGUGCGGCGCCCCCUUGCCCCUCAUUGACAGGGACGGGGCCUACAGGUACCUCGGCCGACCCGUCGGGCACACCCGCCUGAUCCAGCCGCCCCUGCAGGUGGUGGCCGAGGCGCGCCGUGACGCCGCCCGCCUCCUGGGUUCGCCCCUGGCCCCCUGGCAGAAGCUGGACGCGGUGCGGGCGUUCAUCGCCCCACGGCUUACCCACUGCCUGCGGCUGGGGGUGGGGGAGGCGGACGUGGAGCCGCGGCGCGAGUCGCGCGCGCUCCGGGAGGCGGUCCGCCGCACUGACCUCGCCGACCUGACCCGUCUCCCACAGCAGGGCAAGGUGCUGGCUUGUGUGGCCGACCAGCCGGUGAGCUCCCAUUAUAUGUAUAAUGGGAGCUUCACCCGGUUCGCCGACUGGCGGUUCGUGCACCGCGCCCGUCUGUCCCUGGUCCCCCUUAACGCGUACUCCCGCAGGCCAGGGGCAGACCGCCGGUGCCGCCGGUGCGGCUACGUCCAAGAGACGCUGCCGCACGUCAUCAAUCAUUGCCUUACAGCCCACGCCGAGGCCUACCAGAAGCGCCAUGACGCGCUGCUGGCCCGGCUGGAGCGCGCCACGCCGGUCUUCCCCGGUGACGAGGUCCGGGUGAACCGUCGGGUGCCCGGCCUCGACUCUGCCCUCCGCCCCGACCUCGUGGUGACCCGUGGUGACCGAGUGACCCUUGUCGACGUCACGGUGUCCUUUGAAAAUCGUCCAGAGGCCCUCCGCGCCGCCGCCGCUGAGAAGGAGCGAAAGUACGCGCCCCUCGUGCAGGAGCUGCGGCGGCAGGGGAAGACGGCCUCCGUGCACGCCCUGGUGCUGGGCUCCCUGGGCACCUGGGUCCGUUCUAACGAGACCACCCUCAGACAGCUGCGCGUCAGCCGGGUGUACGCCCGACUGAUGCGUAAACUAAUGGUCAGCGACACCCUCAGGUGGUCGAGGGACGUGUACGUGGAACACGUCACUGGUUCACGCCAGUAUUAG